AUGCCUCAUAACAUCGCACUUGAAACUGUCUCAUCACCUGAGGAUGAUGCUGGAGUAUAUGAAAAUGUAACUUUGCGUCGCAAAACCAGUGCAUCGAGUACUAUAACAGAUCCAAAAGACAGUGAAUUUCUCAAGAUGAUUAAACUGGAGGUAAGGGCAGCCGUCCGCGCCGAAUUGGCCCCAAUUAGUGAGAAACUCAACGAAUUGCAGAACUCAGUUCAAUAUGUGAGCAAUCAAUACGACGACAUCGUAAAGACGACUAGCAAAAUAAUGAACGACUAUAAAAACCUACAGUCAGAGUGCAGCACCCUGCGUGCAACUGUCGAGGACCUAUCUGAGCGACUUAAUAAUAUGGAGCAGCAGGCGAGAGAAGCAAACUUGGAGAUUCAUGGUGUGCCGUACCACCGAUCUGAGAAUGUAUUGGCGAUUGUGAAUAAGAUUGCGGAAGUGGUUUCUCACAAGCUAAAUGACAUUGAUGUGUUGAAAUGCACUCGUGUGGCCAGCAUCAACAAAGACAACAAGCGCCCCCGCUCGAUCAUUGUCAAGCUGAAAGGCUCGCGCUCUCGCGAUGAAUUCUACUCGGCGGUCACACGGUACAACAGGUCCCAUCCGAAGAACAGGCUGAGCUCGUCGCUGCUUGGCAUUGCUGGUGACAGCUGUCCUGUCUACGUCUCCGAGCAUCUCUCACCUGCCAACAAGGCCUUGCAUGCUGCAACUAGAGCUAAGUGCAAGGAGUUAUCGUAUAGGUUUGUUUGGGUACGAAAUGGCCGCAUAUUUGCACGCAAGAAUGAGACGUCGCCAUUCAUAUUUGUGAAGAAUCGGCAAGUGCUGGACACGUUGCACUGA